CUCAGCCUCCCAAAGUGCUGGGAUUACAGGCGUGAGCCACCGCACCCGGCCAAACUGCUUGCCCUUCUAACUCUGUCCCUGCCUCUAGAAGGAGGACUCGCACUGUGUGGUUGAUGAACAUUUAUUUAAUUUUUUGGGACUGAUGAGCGUUAUUUACAGGGGAUGCAUUGUGUCUUCUCGGGCUGCCAUCUACCGGCACUCGCCAGGAUUGGGGGUGAGCCCAAGCUCGUGCAGACCUCCCGGGGUUUUGAAACGGGCAGGGGUGCAGCCCAGCCUGCCCGGGGUCUCCUCCCUGAGCACCUUCGCCUGGCGUCUGGGUCUGACGGCACCUCUUUCUAUCCAGGGGCCCAGAGCCCCUCCCAGGCUAGGGGCGGAAUGAAGAUCUCCAGGCCCCUCAAAGGCCCCCAGGCCCAGCUGGCCCCACCCCCUCCGUCUGAGUGUCCGAGCAGCCUGGAGCCUCAGAGACCCCUUCCUUUUCUGCAGCGUCUGAAGACGGCCUCUCCAAGGCAGGCUCCUCCAUCUUGGAUCUGAGAACUCCGGGGUGUCACAAACAGCUAAUUCCCGUCAUUCACCCUGGGAAAGGAGGAACCGCCUUCUGGGGUGAGGUGGUGGCUGCAGGUCUCAAAGGGGUGUCUAACCACAUCCAGCCGUGGGCACAGCCGCGCUCAAGUUCCCGAGCCCCCGCCUCCAUCUCCACUGUGCUGGACGGCACCGAAGCAGGGCUGGGCAAUCCAGGGAGGCUUCCUGGUGGAGGCAGGGUCCCAGAACCCUGCAGUGCCCACAGGGGAAACUGAGGCUCAGAGAGACAUAGGACGGCCUCCCAAGAGCUCUGUGAGGGGCUCCCCCUCAACGCCCGGCAGGACCCGGAUCUGUCUGGUGCGAUGGAUGAAGAUGGCUCCAGAGAGAUCUGCAUGGGAACCCGCCUGAGACACGGCAGACCCAGCAGGUCGCUCUGCCCUGGGCCUUGGGUGCCCUUGGAGGCAGCUGACACUGACCCGAGGAGGCACCACGCACCCUCUCGUCUCCCCACCAGCUCCUCCUGGUGCCCCUCCCAAGCCCUGGGGAGCUUCCUGGGUUGGCAGCUGAGGGGGGUCCUGGGGAGCUGUAAGCAAGGGGGAGGGGAGGGAGCCCACAGGCCUGCAGCCCAUGGUGAGUUUCACACCCAGAGCCGGCCAGGUGGGGCACGCUAAGCUGAGGGGCCCCGUCCCCAUUCUGUGGGGUUCCCCAGCGCUGGGCUCCGUGGCUGAGGCUCUCUGGGGGUGGCCAGGGUUUGUGGAGACCUCUCGGGGUCUCAGAGACACCACCCAGAGGCGGUGGGAUGGAGAGGGUGUGGCUGAGUCGCACUCUCCAAGUAGCCCCCAUGGACAAGCUGCUGAACGCCGCUCCCCGCUCCCCGCCCCCCGCACUGGGGCCCGCCAGGCUGGCCGCAGACUUUGCACAGAAAACCUUUUUGAUCCCUGCCAGCCCGGUUUCCCCGCCCCUGCCGGCGACUUGCUGCGAUCGGGCUGUGUCUGCAGCGUCCACACCCCCUCCUCACACGCAUCUCGCCCGGCGGAACUCUCGGGUCAGGCACAGUCCCAGUCACCUCCGGGCAGGGCGGGUGAGGACGGGAACGGGCGUGUCCAACUUGCCGUGGCGUCCUGAGACCCAAGCGUGGCACGGCACGGGGCACGGCACGGGGCGAUGUGUGCGUGCGGGACCCUGUGCUGCCUGGCGCUGCUGUGUGUGGCCAGCCUGGGUCAGCACCCCACCGGGGGUCCCGGGUGCGGCCCUGGGCGCCUCCUGCUCGGGACGGGAACGGACGCACGCUGCUGCCGCGUUCACCCAACGCGCUGCUGCGGCGAUUACCCGGGCGAGGAGUGCUGUUCCGAGUGGGACUGCGUGUGUGUCCAGCCUGAAUUCCACUGCGGAGACCCUUGCUGCAGGACCUGCCGGCACCACCCUUGCCCCUCAGGCCAGGGGGUGCAGCCCCAGGGGAAAUUCAGUUUUGGCUUCAGGUGUGUCGACUGUGCCUUGGGGACCUUCUCCAGGGGCCACGACGGCCACUGCAAACCUUGGACAGACUGCACCCAGUUUGGGUUUCUCACCGUGUUCCCUGGAAACAAGACCCACAACGCCGUGUGCGUCCCAGGGUCCCCGCUGGCAGAGCCGCCUGGGUGGCUGACCAUCGUCCUCCUGGCUGUGGCUGCCUGCGUCCUCCUCCUGACCUCGGCCCAGCUUGGACUGCACAUCUGGCAGCUGAGGAGUCAGCCCAUGGGGCCCCGAGGUCAGUCACAGCCUGGUGGGGGGAGGUGGGGGCCUGGCUGCCCGCUGACCGUGGCCCCUCUGCAGAGACCCGGCUGCUGCUGGAGGUGCCGCCGUCGACCGAAGACGCCAGCAGCUGCCAGUUCCCUGAGGAGGAGCGGGGCGAGCGGCUGGCAGAGGAGAAGGGGCAGCUGGGAGACCUGUGGGUGUGAACCUGGCCAUCCUCCGGGGCCACCGACUGCAGCCAGCCCCUCCCUAGGAGCUCCCCGGGCUCCAAAUUGUGCUCUGGGCUGGGCCCUGCUCCCCUGGCAGCAGAAGUGGGUGCAGGAAGGUGGCAGUGAGCAGCGCCCUGGACCGUGCAGGUCGGCGGCCACAGCUGAGCCCUGCAGGAGAGAGAGAGAGACACAGCCAUGGCCCCCUUCCACCCUUACGGCCCUGCGGGGGUGGGGUCUUAGGACGGGAGGCUGUGCCCGAGGAUGUGCAGUGCCCAGGACGGGACCCGGCUGCUUGGGUCCUUCAAUAAACACUUGUCCAGCGACCUGAGUGGACGCAUGCUGGGUGCUGGGGGAGGACGGGGCGCCUGGGGCUGGGCUUUGGGGCACCGUGCCCAUGCCUGGCCAUGGUCCCCUCCACAGGGGGCAAAGGGGAGGGCAGCCAGGGCCCAUUCCAGGAACUCCUGGCCGGGUGGGGGUGGGGCCCGAGGAGGGGCCAUUCCAGUCCUAGGCCCAGUGAUCCUCAGCCAUACAGGUUCAGCGGCUUCCCCAGUUCGGGGCUCUUCUCUGGUGCCCCUGGGUCUCUGGUUUCUGGCCACACAGCCUGCCGGCCCCUGGGUGCCCAGAGCCCAGGACUCACAUCCAGCACUUUCCGGUGGUGGGGGCCCCGUCUCCAGGCCAGCCCUCUCUCCUCACCACCCCACCCUUGGCCUGCCCAGCCUUCUGCUCCAGGUGAGAUCUGAUACCAGCUCGAUCUGCUACCGGGGAGCGGCGGGCAGGCCGGUGCAGGCUCCUCAGCAGCAUCCAGGAGGCACCGCACACCUGCCCCAGCUCAACUCCCAGUGGGCGGCGGGCCCAGCUCACAGUAGGUGGAUGGGGCAGAGGCGGCAUCAGCACCCACCCCACAUGGGACCCAGAGUGUGGAGAGCCCAAGGGUGGCACCGGGACACCGGGGAAGGUGCCCAGCCCUGGAAGCACGACCUGGCCUUUCGGCGCUGUGGCGUACUG